ACGCCCAACGGCAGAAGAAAAAAAACAGAAUGUGAAUGUAUUCGAAAGGAAUUUAGAAGCAAUAUCAGGGUGGGCAUUUUUGCCAUCACUGGUUACUAUACAAGAUCAUUGCAUAUAUGAAUUGAUACCGAUCGAGCGAGCGUACACUCUUCUGUCGGGUUCCUAUCAUGCCGCUAUACGGCCUAUUGCAGAAAAAGCCAAUAUUGGAACAUUGGAUUCGAGCGUUUUCAAGGAAAAGACACAAAUUGACAAUGAAGUUAUUGAUAAAUUGAAAGAUUUAAUAGCUUCGCCAUGGAACCCAGAUCAAGUUCUUUUAUGUUUUCACUAUCACAAAUCUAAACUGUUAUCUUGCAAUGUAACAAGUGAUGAAGCCUUUAAAUUUUUGCGUGUUUUCAAUCAAAGUACUGAUAUCCUCACAAGGAAACUUGCAGGACGGGCAAAAAUCCUUCUUCGAGAACUUCCUUUGUAUGAAACAAUGCAACAAGGAUCGUUCGUCAGUCUCGAUAAAGUUGUAGAUAUUGUCGUGUCAAGCAGUGAAAUGCCACCAGAAGGCUUAAACGAGUGGGCGUAUAGUCAAGGAAAAGUGGUUGUAAAGGAAAACAUUCUUUUGAAAGAUCUUUACAAUUUCCUCGAAUUACCACACAAAAACGACUUAGAUUUGUAUGUUCGAAAUAUUUUGCCAAACAUGACUCAUAUGCCAAGACAAUUUUGGUUGGCUCAUGUCGUAUAUGUGAAAGAUCAUAUGUUGUUGACUCAAUUGGGAAGACAUUUUUCCAAAAUGCAAAAGCGAUUAAUUGAGUUGGUAAAAAAUCUUCCAUUCAUAGACAUUGAAGGACGAUUUUAUUGUGCGCAUGAGCUUUAUGACAGGUCUCACCCCGUAUUUGCUACAAUGUUGUCAGAAGAGCAAUUUUUACCUGCGCAUUUUAUGGACGCCAUUUGGAAAGAUUUUAUGGAAAUUAUCGGGUUAAACAUUCGCCCUACAGGCGCCAUGAUGCUGGAUUAUGCUAGGCAAAUCGCACGAAAUGGUGCAAUGGGUGUGAAUGAAGAUUUAUUCGCCGCAUCUGAUGUGAUUGUGUCGUGUUUAUUUGGAGAUUUUGAUGACACGUUUGAAAGGGAUGUGUUUAGCAGCAUUAAAGGUAUAAAGUUUGUUGUUCCAUACACAAUUUCGUCGGAAAUGGAAAACAUUUUUCAAGCGUAUUGCUCUAAACAAUUUUUCAUCUGUUUUGAGGGAUCUUGUAGUGGCACAUCUGCAGACAUUUGCUGGACAAGCGCUUCUCUCACCAAACGAGAUCCAGAUGAGAAAUUAAUGAACUUUUUAGAGAUAACUCAAGAACCUAAAGUCGAUUCUGUGAUAAAACAUUGUCAGAAUAUUUGUAGUGUUUUCGAAGAUGAUUUUAAGAGGGAACAAACCCAACACCAAAAUAAGGUUUUUUACAUGGAGAGUAUAUACAGGUUUCUGGAACUUAAUUUGCGCCAAAUAAACGCAAGACUUUUGGAAAGCAAUCCUGUCAUUUUGAUACCGAAAGAAGCCAUGGCCAAAGCGUCAAAUGUAUUUGUUUCAGCACCAGAAAGAGUAGAACUUCGACCAUAUCUAUACAAAGUACCUCACCAAUUUCAGCGUUAUAUUGAGUUGUUCAAGAUACUUGGUGCAUCGCCUGAGCCAACGUGCCUUCAGUAUGCCACUGUUUUGCGAAUGAUAAAAGACCAAUUCGUCAACGAAGAGCCUCCUGCUAAUAUAUUGGAUGUAGUUUCAAAAGCUAUUCAGUAUUUCUUCGAAAGUAUUCCUACCAAAACUGGAGAGGUACAAAAACACUUGGAAAAUAUUACGCAUCUGUACUUGCCAAACCAAAAACGAAUGCUUAUGAAGUCGUGUGAAUUAACUGUAUCGGAUAACGACUUGUAUAGACAGGAAUUAGAAGAAAGGUGCCACUUAAAUAUUUUUCUAGGUUUUACUGAGUUAAACAUUCGGUUUAAUCAUUUGAUAGACCCAUUUGAACUUCUCCCCAAAGCACUGAAACCACGUUUACUUACUAAUGAUGUCGAAGAAGUGAUUUCCACAGAAAAUAUGAUAGAAGUAUAUAGUGCAGAGGCAGAACAUGUUCAACGUUUUUUAUGUUCAGAUCAGUUUUUUGAAGGACUGUGCAGAUUAAUAAAACAUGAUGAAGUACAGCAUGGUGUAUAUAAUCAAAACUUUGAUGAUGAAUUACAAUAUAAUAUAUUGUUAAAUAUUGGUAUUAAAGAGGUAUCAGGUUUGAAAAUUGUGUUGCGUUACCAAGGUCAUAUUGUAGAAGGUGUUGAGAUUGAAAACGAGUAUAACUUACAACAAACGUCAAGGGUUGACUUGGAGUCGGGAAAUGCAAGUGUAUAUUACUGUCUUUAUUAUCAAACAGAGAAUUCUGAAAAUACUGGGAAUAUGAAUAGUGCCUUAAGGGCAGGUUUAAUGUUUUUUAUAGAGAUGUGCACACACAAACACUUACCGAGAGAAUCGCUUUUGCUGUUACAACAGAUUUUAGACUUAAAUAGGGAACCCGAUAAAAUAAGUCGAUUUUUAGACAGAAAACAUAUAAGAAAUUUAGAUAAUAUUUCAAGAAGAAAUGUGGUUGUAUUUCCAUUUCCUGGUACCUAUGUGGAGGAAAGAUUUUACCGAUUUAUGGUCCAGCAGAUAACACCGUUUCGAGAACACGAGUAUAAAUAUGUUGCUUUAGAAAUAGAAAACGAUGAAAAUGACGACGAUGCAAAUGCGACCCGUUUCAUAUAUGCACAUAUCGAGAAAUUAAUCCAGUCGGACAAUUCUUCAACGUUGAAUCUUAGAUAUUUGGUUAAUAUUGGAUAUAGCCGUGGAGGAACUAUUGUUGUGCCGAUAUUUCGACUUUUUAAAUUCAUACCCUUAACUACAGUCACCAGCCAGGAAGUUGUGGAAUACCACUCUGAACCUAUCUCGUCCAUUCCGUUUGAUACAAACUGUCAGCGUAUUAUGGAUGAGCUACAAGAAGCCUUUGAAAACUUCAACAUUCAGGACAGAAGACGAAUAAUCCGGCGCAUGCUGUUGAGAUGGCACCCAGAUAGAAAUCCAGACCAUGAAGAAUAUUCAAAGCGUGUCUUUUUUUUCAUUCAGAACUGUAUUCUUAGACUCGAACGUGGCGAACAACUAAAUCUACAACCGGAGCCGCAAAUGCCAGACAUGCGCGGUUCGCGAUACUGGAACGUUUGCGUAGAUGCAACAAAUACAGGCCACGUUCAUACGAGAGGUUACCAAGAAAAUCUACAAGAGUUCAAUAGGUUCAAUAGAAGAGGGCCUCAUAGGUUGUCUAAGUAUUCUCCCGUUCCAAGCCUAGGGGAAUAUAGACGCUGGAUAGGACAAGCUAAACUCGACUUUCAAACUGGUCAAUCUCACUUGAAUAGCGCAGAAAACCACCCUGACACAUAUAACUGGAUAUGUUAUAAUUGCCAUCAGGCGUGUGAGAAGGCUCUGAAAGCUGCAUGGUUUAAGAAAGACGCCAACAAAUGCCGUUUGCGGGAGCAUAGUCUUGUUAGGAUCGCAGAAGGACUAGACGGUGAAAUUGUUCAAAAGCAUCAGUGCAAUUAA